AUGGCUCGCUUCAAGAGUUCUUCUGUGGAUUUCCUGCUGUCCUCUUUGGGUCUGCCCUUGUUUCUGUUGGACAUCGUGCUGGACGUUCUGGCUGCGGUGAACUUCUACCAGGAGGGGUCCUACGUGUGCCUGGGUGUUCUGCUGCUGCUGCUCAUGGGCUCCUCGGUGCUCGCUCAGCUCUACAGCUGGCUCUGGUACAAAUACGACGAGUUUAAGAUGCACACAGAGGUGGAGGAACAUCUGAAGCCCAGCAUGACGAGUCUUCACGUGUUCCAGCUGGGGGUCUACGUCAGGCAUGCAGGCGUCUUUGAGACGUCGCUGAGGAGCUGCUUCGUACUGAGCAGCCGCGCGGGCGAUUACGCCAAGUUCCUGAGCCACGACCUGGCCAUGCUGCGGCUCAUCGAGACGUUCUCGGAGAGCGCUCCACAGAUCGUCCUGAUGCUCACAGCCAUCCUGCAGGAGGGACGGCUCGAUCUCCUGACAGUGCUGAAGACCGUUGGAUCCAUGUCGGCCGUGGCCUUCUGCGUCACCACCUACCACCGCUGCCUGCGCUCCUUCUUGACGGACAAGAAGACGCAGAACCUCUUCUCAUCCUUCAUCUUCUUCUUGUGGAACCUGCUCCUCCUGUUUCCUCGACUCGUUGCCCUCUCGCUCUUCGCCUCGGUGCUGCCUUACUUCAUCUUCGCCCACGUCUUCUGCUCCUGGCUGGUCCUGUUCUUCUUCGCCUGGAGGUCCAAGACAGAAAUGAUGGACUGCACGUUUGGAAGGUGGCUGUUCAGAGCCACCGUGGGCCUCAUCUGGUACUUCAGCUGGUUCAACGUGGCCGAGGGGAGGACGAGGAAGAAGACGCUGCUGUACCACGGCUACAUCCUGGCUGACAUCUCCAUCCUCUGUGGGCUCUGGUACUGGAGGAUGACCACGGAUCCUCCGGUUCUCUUCAACGUCACACCGCUUCAUGCUGCCGUCACCGCCACCAGCGUGGUCGGAGUUUACAUCCUCGGCCUGUUUUUAAAAACGAUUUAUUAUAACUUCUUCCAUCCGAACGUGCAGAAAGACGAGCUGAAAGGAGGCGCCUCAGAGACGCUGCAGAGCAACGGGGGGAGCCUUCAACCUGCCGAUGAGGUGGACUUCACAUCCGUAAUGACGCAGACGGACUCUGAGGAGGGCUCUCCUGGCAUGAUGAGGACCUCAGAGGUCAACGCUCACGGUGUCACCAGCCGCUGCCUCCCCAACCAAUCAGAACAUUACAACAAAAGAAUGAGGAGGCUGGCUGAGAACUUCUACACCUGA